GCGGCGACUGCGGCGGGGACGCGGUGGAGGCCUGGGCUCGGUGGGCCGGCCCCUCUCGUCCUCGUCCGCCCGUCCGAGAUGCAUCCGCGGCGCCCUGAAGGUUUCGAUGGCCUGGGCUACCGGGGAGGCGUGCGGGACGAUCCGGCUUUCGGCGGCCCCUUCCACGCGCGCGCCUUCGGCUCCGGGACCGACCUGGGCCACUGGGUGACGACUCCCCCGGACAUCCCGGGCAGCCGCAAUCUGCACUGGGGCGAAAAGAGCCCUUCGUACGGCGUGCCGUCCGCGCCCACGACGCUCGAGGGCCCCGCGGAGGAGCCCUUUCCCGGCGGCGGUGACGGCCCGCGGCCCGGCCCGAGCAGCGAACAGUUGAAUAGAUUUGCUGGAUUUGGUAUUGGACUUGCAAGUCUCUUUACAGAGAAUGUACUGGCCCAUCCUUGCAUUGUUUUACGCCGCCAAUGUCAGGUUAAUUACCAUGCUCGGCAUUACCAUCUUACUCCAUUUACAGUCAUCAACAUUAUGUACAGCUUCAACAAAACUCAGGGACCAAGAGCCCUAUGGAAAGGAAUGGGAAGUACAUUUAUUGUUCAGGGAGUCACACUUGGAGCAGAAGGCAUAAUUAGUGAAUUCACACCUUUACCCAGGGAGGUUUCACACAAAUGGAAUCCUAAACUAAUAGGUGAACACCUUCUCCUGAAAUGCCUAACAUACAUGGUGGCCAUGCCUUUUUAUUCAGCAAGUCUGAUUGAAACAGUACAGAGUGAGAUAAUCCGAGAUAAUACUGGCAUCCUGGAAUGUAUUAGAGAAGGGAUUGGCAGAGUGAUAGGCCUGGGCGUGCCUCACAGCAAACGCCUCCUUCCACUGUUCUCCUUGAUCUUCCCGACAGUGCUGCAUGGAGUUCUUCAUUACAUCAUCAGCUCCAUCAUCCAGAAGAUUGUCCUCCUAAUUCUGAAGAGAAAGACCUAUAAUAGCCACCUAGCUGAGAGUACUAGCCCCGUGCAGAGUAUGUUGGAUGCUUAUUUUCCAGAACUUAUUGCUAACUUUGCUGCCAGCCUUUGCUCUGACGUUAUACUUUACCCAUUGGAAACCGUUCUGCAUCGUCUUCAUAUUCAAGGAACACGCACAAUAAUCGACAAUACAGACCUUGGCUAUGAAGUCCUUCCAAUUAAUACGCAGUAUGAGGGAAUGAGAGACUGUAUAAAUACCAUUAAGCAGGAGGAAGGAAUGUUUGGUUUUUAUAAAGGGUUUGGUGCUGUUAUAAUACAGUAUACACUGCAUGCAGCUAUCUUACAGAUUACCAAAAUUAUUUACUCCACACUUCUUCAGAAUAGCAUUUGAGAUUUAGGUUCUAUCAUUGGCUGAUCCAGAAGAUGUGGUCUAGGUAAUUUGCUCUGAAAUUGCAAGUAAUAAAAGUAAAAUGCUGGGUGGAGAGAAAUAGGCUGGGAAUUGAGACUGGUGGAAAAGCUCAUGCUGAUUGUACCGACUUCUCAUUUUUCUUAAGGUAUAAAUGUAUAAAUAUAUAGCUAUAUAAAUAAUACUGGAUCAAAACCUUUCCAAAAUUGAAAACUCAAUAAAAGUAAUACUUUAAAUUUAAAAUGUAAAAUGUAAAAUUACAUUUUGGUAUAGUACUCAGGCUGAAGUAAAAUUGAUCCUGGGUAGAAGCAAAAAUGUAUCAAGUAUAAAAUGAAAUUGCAAUGACUUGAAUCUAUUUUAUUGACCUUAACAUUUGUUAUAUGUUUGUCUAACCUGGAUUCAGGUCAGUGUGUUAAUUCUUAAUGCAAUGUAUAGUAUCAGGAGUUUUUACCUUUAAGCAAAUAGAUUACAUCAUCAUUGAAAAAAACUAAUGAUUAGAUUUGGCAGCCUGUAAGCAGGGGUUGAAGGGUUUUUAAUUGUAUGUAGCCCUUUUAUUUGCUGUAUAUAUUUAUUAUGUGGAUCCAUUUGUGUAUGUACAUGUAACUUGGGAUUUUCUUUAUCCCUGCAAGUUCUCAUAGACCAGCUUAUUGCACCAAGUGAAGGUAGACACCUUCUGCUUGAAUAUCAAGAGUAAGACAUCAAAACGCCAGGAAAUAGUUUUCUUGUCUGCAUCACACCCAGCAUUGCAGUGCCAGAAACCUGAAAUUUUCCAUAUGCUUGUGACGCUUGGAUCAUCAGAUGAUUUUAGAGCCACUUUUAAAGAUACCUUACAAUCAUGGUAGCCAUUGCCAUUCCCACAUUUACCGGAAGGAGCCUCACUUGUGUUUCAUUUGUAAAAGAACUUACGUUAGAGGGGACAAAAUUGAAGUUCACUUGGGAAUUUGUGCUUCUUGCUCACCAUAAAUAAUGACUGCAAUGUUUCUGUGUGUGUGUGUGUGUGUGUGUGUGUGUGUGUGUGUAUGUGUGUGUGUGUGUAAAGUUUUAUUCUACAAAUGAGCUGCCCUGAAGAUAAAAAUGAGACAUCCUUGUUACUUUUUAUUUAAAGUUGCUUGGAUAAGUACUGAAGAAAAAUACAAACCUCAUAGGAAAUUUGCCCUUAUGUUUUAUGGAGAGGGAGAGUCAAUAUAUUCCAACAAAUGAAACUUGUUAAUGAGUUUAAUUAAACAAAGUUGAUGUGUUCUAUGAUGGGUUAGACUUUGUAAUAAAGUGAUAUAUAGUUCACUGAUCAUUCAUGCAACAUUUAACGUUUAAUUUCUUCCUGAGUAUGAUCAAGUUUACAAACACUCUGAAGUGCAGUACCUGCAGAUGUUGCCCAACCUAGAAUGCAUGCAAACUAAAACUGGUGUUUCAUGUUAAAUGUCACCGAGAGUGUUAUUGCAACUGAUAAGAGCUUAAUGUGGACAAGGAAAAGCAUGAAGCAAUGUGUAAGUAAGCAGCUGUCCCUACCCUGUGUUACUGAAGUAAUGUUGUCCAUUGUUCAAUUCCUCAAAAGGGAAAAUAAAUGCUGUUGAUCUCA